UGUUGCCUUUAAUCUGUAUUGCUGUUGGUAACGAUACGGAUGGGAAUUAGGAAGUGCUAUUGAACAACAGCAUGAAUAUAUCGGCAGGAUUAUAACAAUAGUGCAUAAAUAUUUUACUUGGAAGAUUUGUGCAUACUUCAAUUGGUAAUCAGUUUGAUAAAUUAAUGUAGAAACUUGAUAAACCUUUUUGUAAGUAUUAAUGAUACUUUUCCAAGCAAACAAUUCUUGUUUUCUGAACAAGCGCACUGUCGAGAUUGAAAAAAUCAGAACAAACUAACUAUACUUACAAACUAUAGUGAGAAAUAAUGAAGAUUAAACGUUUUGGAUACCAAUUGCAUAACUUGUUAUUUUGUGCGAUAUUAUUUGGUCGUACUUUCUCGCAAGAGACCCCUAAAGACAAUACGACUAAUGGGCCUGGUUCCGCAAACGCAAGUGACGUUCAGGAAUCUGAUAUUCGAGUUAAUGAUUCGGGAGUUGCAGCCACGAAACCAAAAAUUGAUAAGAAUGACACGGAUAUCUCGAAAACACCUAUUAUUAAUAACACUGACAUACCAGAUUUGACUAAAAGUAACACUACAAACAGCAGCAACAAUACAACAAAACAAUUGCAAAAACCGCGGAUGAAACCUCCGAUUCCAUCCUGGUGCUACCUGAAAAAUGUGAGUUUUGGCAGUGCACGUCCAAAGCCUUAUACCGAAUUUACACUGGUCAUGCAAACCUUCGUCGCGGGAAUCCUGGCGUUAUUUGGGAUUGUCGGUAACAUUCUAGCCUUUUUUGUUCUCUCGCAGGAUACCGUGAACACCAGUAUUGUAUUUCUCCAAGCACUGGCUGUUUUUGACACACUUUACCUCUUGGUGUAUUUGACAUUUGAACCAUACCAUUUCGUAUAUUUGUUAACAUCUUGGCCAGAUAAAACUAAGACUAUCACACACGCAGUCCAUGCUAUUGAGAAGCAUUAUUCGGAUAGGAUUCUCCCCGUUGAGACGGCGCUCAUUUGCAUGAGUACUUGGACCGUUGUCAUCCUCACGGUUGAUCGGUUCAUCGCAGUUUGCAUGCCUCUUGCUGCGCAUCGUCUCUGCACGAUCAAACGGGCUGCAAUUCAGAUAGCUUGUAUCAGUGUUUUAUCGAUCGCCUACAGCGUCCCAAGAUUCUUCGAAAAUGAAGGAACGGUGAGGUAUCAACCUUGUCUUCAGGUAUUCAUGUAUAUAUACGGCCGAACCAAACUUGGCGCGAAUCUCUAUUUCCGAGCUAUCUAUUCCGUUGUUCUUGGAGCUGUGAUUCGCUUCGUCAUCCCAGUUGUAAUUGUCGUUGCGAUGAACAUACUCUUAAUCCUCGCACUGAGACGAUCAAGCAGGGAACGCCAAGAAUUAGUUGGCAACGAGAACUUUAACAAGGAAAAGCAAAAUCAGAAUAUAACACUGACUCUCGUUGCUGUGGCAACAGUCUAUCUAAUUUGCCUAAUCCCUGGGAUGGCGCUCGAGCUUAUGAACAUGGCCGCGUAUUGGAACACAAGUAUCAAUACGUCCAAAUUCCGAGAAGUCAGUAGCUUUUUGACGACCAUUGCAAACGUUCUCUUGGUGUUUAACUCAUCCAUCAAUUUCGUCAUUUACUGUGUUACUAGAAAGAAUUUCAGAAAGAAUUUGAAAAAACGACUCAGUCCUAAAGUUAAAGGAAGGGUGAGGAAAGCUGGAAGUAUUGGAAAUUAUACCGUAUCGACGAAAAUGUCAAACAGUUAUUUGUAAUGUUGAUUGGAUACUUGGAUAGUAGUUCAGCUACAAACUUCUGUGACCCCCUCCCCUCUACUUGACUAAACCUUCUCAUACAGUUAUAGUGAGGGAAGGGUCACAAGGGCUUGUCGCUAGACUAUUUGGACAGAAGCUGUUCCGAUGGGUCCGAAGCUAGUCGGACCAUUUGGUUGUCGGCCGUCUUAACGGAAUGACGUUAUAGCUAACAUUUUUCACUUGUCUAGAACAGUCUGAAACUAACUGGGGUUAGUCUAAUCCAAAAUGGUGCAUUGGACAAAAUUAGUUUGAUAUCGAUAAACCUCCGAUUUCUGCUUAACCAAAAUAUGGAUUCCAAAUAUUUCGCCAUACUAAUUAAUUGAUUCCCGCUUGGAAACAACUUACUACAAAGAGAGGCUCAAACAUCUCGGAAAUCGGGAAAAGGAAAUUGCUCUUUUCAAUCAUUUUGGAUGAUCCUGCUAUGAACCAGUUAUAGCUGUUUAAGUCAUGGUCUAAACGUGAACAUCGCCCUGAAUCUGCGAUUAGGGAAAUGAAAAGUAAAUUGAAAAAUACGUCGGAAGUUUGUCAUUUCUUAUUUUGUAGCAUAAACAAAAAGAGAGCAUUUUUCAUAUAGUUGCAUGUCCCAUUGUGUAUCGCAGACAUAGGGAUACGUCCAUUUUAACGGAUAUCCUAUGAUUUUUGAGGGAUACCAUUUUUAUCCAUGAGUGGAUAUCGCCCAUCUCCACGAGUGAGCGCAGCGAAAGAGUGAUUCGGAGUUCGGCGAUAUCCAAGAGUGGAUAAAAACGAUAGCCCGAGAAAAUCAUAGGAUAUCAUAUUUAUCCUGAUAAAAUGGUAAAAUAUGCCUAUCCUUAAGUUUCUGUAUAUAAUUUUUUAUACCAAUACCUUAAUGUUAUGAUACUUUUCUAGCCUUUUAAAAAGGUUUGCAAAAUUCUUUGGCACACCUUGUAGUAACAUGUUGAAUUGGUAACACUUUUCUGCGCUUAUGAGUUCUAAUGGUUCCUUGUUUAUUUUUAACCAAUUUUCCAUCACAAAAUAGGUUAGGAUGUUUGUUAUUCGCUGGUGUAAAUUAUUGCCUAACAAAUUAUGUGCACGACAGAUAAAAUUUUAUUUGAGAUCAAUUAUUAUUUAUUUGAAAUUCGAACAGGGUUAUAAAACAAAGUGUCUAUAUUAUGUGUCUCUGAUAAGGCAGAAAAGCUCUUGAACCCCUUGCUCUCUUUGGUGGUUCGGUAAACGUACAGAAAACGUCUGUGCCCAGCCCUGUGGUAUUUAAUCGUCGAUAUAAUACCUGCUCUUUUGUCUAUAAUUCUUAAAUUGAAAUUAAACGUUUCACAUACCACAUUCUUAUAAUAUUCAGCAAGACUAUAAAAUUAGCCAAAGAGGUUUAAACUUUAUACGGGGCCUUCUAUAAGAGAAAGUAUUAUAGGAAGUUUUUCGUCCUCUCUCAUGAAAGUGAAAUUUCACCCGCCUCCUCCUUCAUCGUCAUCUUCUACUCUUAAAGGAUUGCGUUUAUCUUUCCUAAAUCGAUUUAUUGAUGCGUUUCAUCAUUAAUGGCUGUAAAGUUUCUCUCUAAGUGAUCAAAUAUGAUUCUAUAUUUUGACGCCGUGACAUACAAUAUUCGUAUCCCGGAAUUUGGACGCCAUCGUAUCACUCGUGUUGACGUUUUUGAACUCACGUACCCUUAAAAACUAUUUAAAUUGCCAGAAGAGAACAAUUCAUUGCUCUCUAUAUUAUCCAAAUUUUGAAUAAGACUCUUUCGAGCGCAAUAUUUUUUGUAUAUAUUUCACUUUCAAUUGAAUAUAUAACACUGUGUACGCACGCUUGAGUUUGGCACCUAAUUUGACACCAAAUAACUUGAUAUUUUUGAGGCAUAUCAUAUUCUAUGUACAAACGUCAUUACAAUAGAUUUAAAACGGUGUAUGAUAAGCCUUCAUUGUUAUUGUAAGUGCAGACGUACAGAGACAAAUUGUGUUUUGAUGUACCAUAAAAAUCAAUCUAGAAUGUUUAGUGAAGUUCGACAAGUAAAAAUGUUAUGUUUGCCUAAUUGAUGAAUAAAUACAUUAAAAAUGAAUUAAUACUGUACGAUGUCAUUUUGAUUUAUUCGCAAAUUAAGAAUUAGAAUUUAAGUUACAACAAUAAUGGGCAAUAUGAGCGUAUACCAUAAUUAUACUAAUCACAAUAAGACUACCCGGAUAUAUCAAGUUACCAGAUAAAAAUGUUCACUAUUGGGUCUAUUGGGUUGAACGUCUAUCGUGCAGGAUCGUAUUAAUCACGAUCACUAUAACGAAAAUUGUGGCCCUCGCUCUGUUUAAUGAAUUUUAGAAAAAAAAACAAAUAGCUUAAUUGAUAUUUAUAAAAUAAUUUGUAUUUCUCGUGAUAUUAUUUUAAUCCACUCGUUGAUAUCAAUAUCUGCACUCAUUCGCUACGCUCACUCGUCCAGAUAUUGAUAUCAACUCGUGGAUAAAAAUGAUAUCUCUCAAAAUCAUAGGAUAUCCUAUACAUAUCUUUUAAGUUGGCCUUCUCCAUUAUAGUCUAUUUUUCAUCUCUAAAUGGCUCAACGUUUCCAAUUCAAAUUUAAAGCCUUUAUUUUAUUUUCCAAAUACUCCAUGCAAUAUCUGUCACGUACGUACUCGGUUGUGUUUGUGGUAAUACCCAAAAGACCAACCCACUAUGUUUGCUACAUAGAAACGACUCACAUUAAUCUAGGUUUAAGAUCAUCUAUUUUCCCCAAUCCCACAACAACCGCUCCAAGGGGUUGAUAUUUCAGAGAUUAUCACAUGAUCUAUAAAGUGUGAAAAAUAAAAUGCAAAUAAGAGACUCCAGUAAAGUCACUGGUGAUCCACUCGAUUACGCUGGUUACCAAAACGAACCGUUUUGGUAACAAAAUGUCGGAACGUCGAAGGCACGAUUUUUCUUUUUUCCUUAUUUCACUCGUUGUUGGCAGAAUCCCCACGACGUUUUUUCUCACAACGUGCAUCAGUAUCAUAUGUUUUAGAAAAUGUACA